AUGUCCUCAAGUACCGCCAUCCAGCAUUCAGUGGCGCCGGCUGACGCCAAAGACUGGCUUCUCGCGCCCGGCUCGCGCUUCUUUUCGCGCCGGAUGCAUCCUACGACGGGGAGCACUGUGCUGUGCUUGGGAGAGCUGGACGAGGGCAGUGAGGCGGUUCGACUUCGACGGUCUGUCUACCAGUACAUUAUUUCGUCCUACAAGCCUCUACACCCGCUCGAUGGAGCAGAGUACCGCGACUUGCAAGAAAAGUAUGGCGACGCAGUGCCGUCGCUCGACUGGGAAGCGUUCUGUGCGGUCGUCGACAACUGGCCCUGGUUCUUUCCCCUCGAAGCCUGUUCCGCCUUUGCCAGCAAGACUUCCUUGACACCCCUCGACGCCUUCAUCGACCUCGUUCUUCUUGCGACGUCUUCGCCUUCCUCAAGGUCCCAGCAUCGGCCACAGGAAGACGCCCGGCACGACCUCCGCUCGCUUUUGACGCACGAGUUCCCCGUCGCACUCUCGCUAUGGCAGCGCUCGCUCGACCGUUACUGCGCCCAGCGCCGGCCCAAAGCAGCGAGCAAGAUCGAGGCAUGGACGAGCACGAAUCUGCGGCAGUUGCGCGAGGAGGUGAUUGAGCAGGCUGCGGGAACGAAGCAGUAUAUUGUGGCGGGGACGAGGAUCAACAGCUAUGAGGCGACGCUGGUCGACUGGCUGGUGCACGAACGCAAGGCCGUCUUCACGCCCGUCGACAGGAACAAGCUCGUCAAGCGCAUCACACGCACAGACAGCGACCCUCGCUCAUCCAUCAGCACCUCCCGCACAUCGCUCUCCUCGAUCCCACGCGACCCACUCAGUAGCGUCACCUCGCUCGAGCAGCGUCCUGAGGCGACAAGCGGAUCGAGCGGGAAGCGCCAGCGCCUCCGUGAUGCAGUGAGGGUGUUUCAGCGGUAG